UCCCCCGUUUCAAAUCCUUCCUUGGCUUCCCUAAAAUUCCGCUUCCCCACAGGAUUCUCGUCUCCCAUUCUUCACUUCCAAACCGGACUAAGUACGGUACAAUUUUGCAAUUACUAGUACGAUUCAUUGCCAGUUCAAUCCCACCAUACCACGACGGUUGCUAGGCCAGCGCACUCGUCUCGUGUGCUCUGCUUCUCUUCUCCGGUGGACGGCGACAACGUGGCCGCGGUCCGCAAGGACCGCCUCCACUGGCCCCGUACCUCCCCGGCGGCACCUCUGCGACCUGCUUUUACUCCGCUAGUCCGGUUCCGACCCGAUCCUCCCGUACUCGACCGCCUCCGCGGCUGCGCUGCACGCCUCCACUACGGCAGCCGGCCUCCGGAAGUAAGGGGAAAAAAAUCCUCAACCACUCUCUCAGUCUUGGGCGUUGAACUUUUGCUGACCUGGUGGCGUGAUUAAUAGUACGGAUGCAGACAGAUUACUGGACAUUUCAGGAGAUGAGAAGGUUCUUUCCAUUCCGCUCGUUCACAAGCAAUGCCGGCGAACCAGCUCCAGCACAUGAUAAAAAGAGUGAAAACAAAUUGGAUGAGGGUGGGACUAAUGGUGCGUCCCAUUCCCCUGAUACUAGGGCACUUAGGUCAAGAAGAAGGCAUGGAAAAUUGAGGAGCGAGGAAUCACCCAAUCCGCAGCUCGGGAGAUGCCUGUCGUUCACAUCCUCUGCAAUUGAUCAUUCCUUGGACGAAAGGGCAAUGAGAUUUUCAGGCGAUAUUCCAUGGUUUAGUAGUUCUAAUGUGCCUCGUCAUGUUGCUGAUGUUGAGUGCUACACUUGGUCGCCAGAAAGACAUCCUAAUAUAGAGGAAUGCAUGAUAAAGGUUCCCAAAGCACAUGGCGUACAAGAAACUGACUCACCACGUUCAAGAUGCUACUCAUGCUCAUCAACAGGACACUCUCCUCUUGGCUCUCCUAUUGCAUUGAAAUGCAGGCCUGCCAGGUUGGCCAAUUUACUGGACAAGAAUGAAGUGCUAGAUCUGUACAUCGAUGGGGAGCAAGAAGCACAUGAGAAACAUAAGCAGAAAUUCCCGAUCAGAACUGCAGCUCCUCAUUUGGGAUGUGGAAGGCCACCUCGACCUCAAUCUACCGCUCCAUCUUCACCAAAAUCUUGCAAAGAAAUAUAUGAGAACUACUCAAACAUAGACAAGAUUUUGCAAGAUUUGGAGGAUGGAGCUUUACCCCUGACCUGCCACCAUCAACUUGCUCAGGAAGGGGCAAUGGGCACCUUGAAGGCGAGAUCUGUGUGUGAUUCAGAUGGAAAUGACACAAGUCUAUUUGAAGGAUCUUCUGAUAAUUUUUCUCACUCGGAGGAAUGCAAAUCACAUAGCGUGACUACAGUGGAAGAUAUCUAUGAGGACUCACGAGAUCUACAACCUCAAUGCUUCUAUGGAUAUUCAGUGAAUCCUCUUUUCGGGGCAACCUCAAGAUGCUCUGAUGCUGAUACUUGUCAUCGUGAUGGGUCUUGUGGUUUUCAUAACAAGAACUUGGAAGAAGAUACUGAUGAUAAGUUGCUUCGAAGAACUAAAGAAUUGGAUGCAUGCUUUAUGGUUCCUUCUGAAGAAAUGAGCGAGCUUAACAUGCUCAGGGAUAAGAGAUUGAACUCAACUGACAUUAUGCAGCUGGUUCUUAGCUUGAUUGAAGACAGAAAACAAUUGGCACUCGAACUAUCUUCACAGGUUAAGGCACGUCUUACAGAAAGGUUUGCAGCCAAAGAGCAAUAUAAGCAAUCCAAGGUAGAAUUAGACUCUAGAACUAGAAGCCUGGAGAAUGAGAAGACUGAUGUGCAAACUACCUUGGAACGGGAGCUUGACAGAAGGUCAAAUGAUUGGUCAGCCAGGCUGGCAAGAUUUCAAGCCGAAGAACAGCGACUACGGGAUAGAGUAAUGGAGCUAGCAGAGCAGAAUGUGUCAUUUCAGAGAGAAGUUACUUUGUUUGAAUCGAAACGAGUUGAGGCUUCUAACAAGAUUACAAGUUUGGAACUGCAAAACAAACAACUGAAUGAUGAGAUGGAGAAAGUUAAAGGUGAGCACACCAGUCUUUACAGAUCCUCAGUAGAGUUGCAUGAUAGCUUUACAAAAGCUGCAGAAGAAAGGGACCAAAUCCAAGAAUGCUUAAAAUCCAAAGAAGAUAACAGUAGGGCACUGCACAAGGUGAUUGCAAGGUUACAAGGGGCAUCUAAUGAGCAGGAAAAAACAAUAAAUGGGCUCAGGCAAGGAUUUAGUGCUGAAUUAGAAAAUAGAUCUGUUGGAAGUAGCGAAAGCAUCACCAGGAUGCAAAUAGAACUCUUGAGACUUACUGGAGUUGAGCAAAAGCUGAGAAAAGAAAUUCAGUCCUGUAACCUUGAAGUAGAGUCUCUUCAGCAAGAGAACAUAGGGAUUUUAAAUCGUCUACAAAGCAGUGGGAAUGGAUUAAGUUUAUCCUCACAUCGUCUUGACCUGGAACUUCACGCUAGAGUGGACAACUUGCAGAUGCAAGGCUUAUCGUUGCUUGAAGAUACUAGCUGUCUUUGUGGCAAGUUGUUGGGCGUCAUGAAAUCCAAGAGUGAGACAAUUGGCAGUGUUGAUGCACUAGCAGACAUUGAAUACACUCUGAAGUACCAGAACCUAAGACAAGGAAUGGAUAAUUUAGCCCUUAGUCUGAGAAAAGUUAAAUCUGUGUUGGUUGAAAAACACAAUAAAGAAGACAACACAGUGGGUGUUCCUGUGGGACAUGAUACAUUAUAUAGGCUAAAAGAAGAAGCUUUGCUCAAUAGAGUAUUGAAGGAAAAGCUACUGUCAAGGGAAUUGGACAUUGAACAAUUGCAGUCAGAUGUAGCAUCUUUUGUCCGGAUCCAAGAUGUCAUGCAAAAUGAGAUCCGUAGAUCUCAGGAUGAAGUAUGUCGCAUAGCCCACAAGUUCAAGCAUUUUGAACUUCAGGUUUUGAAGAAAGACGAAAGCAUUAACCAGAUGCAACAGGAUUUUCAGGAAUCUGCAAAGGAGUUGACCACCCUCCGGUGCAACCUUAAAUCUGUAAGUGAUGAAAGGGAUUCCUUGUGGCAGGAAACGAAGCAUCUGCGAAAAACUGUUAGCACGCUGCAAAAUGAUGUUGCCUCAUUAAAGCAGAAGAUCAAAUCGCUUGAUGAAGAUAUACAGCUGAAGGAAGGCGAGAUAUUGCUGCACGAGGGUGAGAUUUCCAUAUUACGGGACAGCAUCGACAGGCCAUUCGACAUCAUCUGCAGUCCUCGUUCAAUGAAACAGCUUGACAUGGAGUAAAUUUGCAUAGUUCACAUCCUUCUGUCUGGAUUCUUAAAUGGCCAUUUCCUUCUGUCUCUUCUUUUGGAAACAUAGAAGCUCAGGCUGGAUUCUCAAAUGGCAUUCUCCUUGUGUCCCUUCUAUUAGAAACAUAGUUCACAUCCUUUAUCCCUCUUUAGAGAACGUUCUCCGUGAAUAUGGAGUACUAAAUUGGCAGUUGGAUAAUGGUUUAUCCUUCUUGCUUGCACCAUGACGAUGCAACCUGUGUUGCUACCCUCAUUUAGUUUUGUGGUACUGCGCUUUGUGUUUUGUCUAAAUGCUUGUUUGUUGAAAA